GUAAUCUUCCAAAAGGUUUCGAAGACCGUGACACUGUUUAUACUCGCGGCGACUGUUGCAUUUGGGCGUGUAAUACAAAGGCCUAAGUCUCAUCCUCACCAGAUGAUCCUCAUGCCUGCUUGGACAGGCAGCCCGGACCACUACCCUCUACACAUCGCUCCUUCUUACAUUGAACCAGCCGUGAAAUGUGACGACCCUCAACCGGAAAUUGGACCAUUGCCAAUAGCAGAAAAACCCUUGGUUUCUCAAGCCCCUGUUUCGGUGGCGGUUCCUAUUCCACACUUCCCAGCACCUGUAAUGGUUGGGACAAAUUCACUCUUAGCCGAACCAUGCGAGCCCGCUUUAGUGCCAGAAACAACAGCUAUGGACAUUCCUGCAGCGAACGCGCUUCCAGUCAUGAUGCCUGUUUUCUCAGAAAUUCCCCAACCAGAACCUUGGUUGGAUGAAGUAGUUGCGAUUCCGCAACAGCCUAUGGUAGUACCACAGCCCCCUGAAUUACCAGCAUUCGUGAUGCCUGAACUCCCAGAAAUUGAAGUACCCAUGCCGGAACCGUGCCUUGAAGACCAGCCAAUCCCUGUUCCGGAGUAUGUACCACCACCAAUGCCACUACCGGUUGUUGAACCCGUUUUCGUACCUGAAAUGCCUGUUCAGAAUAUUCCUGUAGCGCCAGCAUUACCUCCACUAGAAAUGCCCGUUUUGCCUGAGAUCGUAAAGCCUGAACCUUGUAUACAUGAAGAAAUUGUUCCAGAAAAUCCUCAGCCAAUAUUAAUACCACAGGCUCCUGAAUUGCCAGCUUUUGUGAUGCCCGAUUUGCCUGUCAGAGUAGAAGUUCCUAUACCUGAGGCGCCUGCACCAGAGUAUAUUCCAUUGCCAAUGCCGAUUGAAGAGCCUACCGUAGCCUCUAUACCAGAACUACCAAAAGCACCAGAACUGCCAACAGUCGCCAUGCCUGUUUUCCCAGAGAUUGUAGCAGUCCCAGAACCAUGCCUUGAAGAAAUAGUAGUUCCUGAAGUCAAUUACUUGCCUAUCGUUCCACAACCCCCUGAAUUACCAGCAUUGGUAAUGCCCGAAUUACCAGUCAAAGUAGAAGCUCCUAUACCUAAGCCGAUUUUCACGGCACCUGCACCUGAGUAUAUUCCACUGCCAGCCCCUAUGCCCCUGCCUAUUGAACUGACCCCUGAAGUUAGCUACCAACCUACGGUAAUUCCACAAGCGCCUAAAUUACCAGUUUACGUGGUGCCUGAGCUUCCCGCAAGAGACCCCAUGAUUGCACCCUGUCCUGAAGAUAUUCCUUAUACAAUUCCGGGACAUGUUCAACACUUACCACUUAUGCCUAUUCCUGAGCUACCUACAGCACCUUUACCCAAGGAUCCAGUACGUGUAGAAAUCUCUUCUCCCAUAAUCCAACCUGAAGAUCCUUGCGUUGAAGAGCUAGCACUGGUUGUUCCUCAGCUGUCAAUGUUACCGGAGCCGAUAAUCCCAGCACGUCCUGAGCCUGCUGUUGAUCCCUGCGAACCUUCUGCCAAGCCAGCAAUGAUGGCUUUCCCGCCAUAUUUUAUAAACCAUCCAUAUUAUAUGCAGACGAACGGUUUCUAUCCCGGCAGGGAUAACUUAAUUCGUCAUCUUUAAGGAUAAAUGUGACAUCCCAGUUUUGAAUAAAUGAAUAGAAAUUA